CAUCUCCAGCUGUUCCAUGUCACGUGCCUUAUAACAAUACGAUAUUGUAAAAUAUAUAUCGUUACGGGAUAUGAUACCUCGUGAUAGUUUCUCAACUAGACACGUUGUCUCAUCCUUCCCAGCUUCAUGUAGCACCACCUCACAGAGGAAUACCAUUAGCUCCACCUAUUUGGGCGAGGCUUUCACGUAGUUGCCUCCUUCCCAGCUAUAUAUCAGACUUAGACACAAAAGGCCGUCAGUAGCCGCAAUCGUCCUAAUCGUCCUACGACAACUGAUGACUACAAGGAGUAUGCAGGGUGUCCCAUUUCGUUAUCAGCGGAAGACCUGAAGGAUGCCGCGUCACUUUCCACAGGACCACAACCUCAUGCCUUCAAAGAGAGUGGUACGAUUUCUCCUCGUCCUAUCUCUACUAGCGUAUCUCGCCCUCUCCAAGAUUGACAGAUGUACUCUCACAAAACACCUUUCCAGGCUGUCUGAUAUCAUACUAGGAGAUACCUUUGCUCAGAACAAGGCACAGUCUUUAUUUUUUGAAAGAAUUACGGAAGAUGAGAGAGAACAAUUCAGAAAUUUGGUGAGAGUGUUUCAUGAGAAAGUAGGGCCGAACAUAACAUAUUUCCUUUACGCAGGGACGCUUCUGGGAUCCUACUCCCACCAUGGAAUGAUUCCUUGGGACGACGACAUUGACAUCAUCGUCAGAGACGCCGACAGGGAAGUGUUGCUGAAUGCGCUCAAGUCCCUAGUCCCUAGGUAUGGGUAUACCAACUACUCAACCUGCUGCAAGCUAUUUCACGCCAAUUCCCCAAAGGCUGGGCUAAAGCCCUGGAAGUGGCCUUAUCUAGAUAUAUUCUUUUAUAAUGAAUACCCAACAUAUAUUCAAGAUACUACACAGGCGUAUAAGAAGUUUAACACAAGGGACGUGUUUCCUUUGAUCACUAGGCCAUUCAUGGGCAUGUCACUACCAGCCCCAAGAAACACUCUUGGGUUUUUGAGAGUGACGUAUGAUAUCGAUAUGUGUAUGUCCAAUUCGUUCGACCAUAGGAGGGAACAGUUCAUUUCGUGCGACCACAUAACAAAACUCCCAUGUGUUCAUCUCAGGGGUCGGUUUCCGUUUGUCCGUCGGGUGUAUGAAGCAAAGAGAACACUUGAGAUACUGGAGGAUCGUCUCCUUACGGUCAAGAAGGGUGUGCAUGCUACGGGAAGAUGAAUAAAUGUCGAACUAAACUACAGCAUAUUGUGCAUGGCCUUACAUGUUGUAGGAUAAGCGCCCAACUAGGGCACAACAGGGUUUUCAUGACCACGGGGAUUUGAAGAUAAGUGCCGAACAACGGUACAUUAUAUCAUGCAUGGCCUCAGAGUUACAACAGUUUUCAUGACCACAGCGAUUUCAGGAUAAGUGCUGAAUUACGAUACAACAGU